AUGAGAAACUUUUCUGCGAGUGGCCCCAAGCAAGAUAUCACCAAUACACUGCUUCAGGCAUUUAUAUUUAGGGAAAGGAUGGGGUUGAUGACCUGCCUGACUCCUUAUUGCUAUGGCCCCCUGGCAACAGUAUUCUGUCCCAGAGGUAAUCGAUCCGCGCCAGGGCUGAAAGUAAAUGUCAGUCAUAUAUCAACUCGACUGCUCCUGAAGCAGAACCUCACUCCCGAGAAUUUGUCGAAGACGCGGAGCAACUGGCACAAGGAAUUAUUCUUCUAUGCUUAUUUGGAAAUAUCCCAACGUCGAGAAACUGAGACCACUCAGUACUCUGCGCAACAAUUGCGGAAUGGCAACACAGCAAAGAUCCCACGGCCAUUAGUAUCGCUGCAAGUCUAUCCCGCCAUAGUUAGAGAAACCCUCCAACGGAUGUUGUCGAGUCAGGCUUCCUACAACUAUCUUCAAAUCCGCUUUCCUAUUUUACGCGCGCUUAUUCCUCUUUUCUCAAUCCUUUUCAACUUUUCAAACGAGUAA